AUGGCAGAGCUCCAACAUUUCUCCCAUGGAUGCGCGUUGACCUCGCCGGAGAUGGCCGUAGUUGGCGUCUGCAACAUUUGCUUCAAAGAUGAACCUGUUGAGCUCGCUUGUAAACCUUGCAACUUCGAUCUAUGUAAAAGUUGCUCUAAUCUGCCGCAAACGGUGUCACACGAUUUUCACCCCAAUCACCCUCUAGAGUUUUCUCUACGCCAAUUCAAUCGGAAACCUCUCCACGUCAUCUGUUCUUGGUGUGGAAACAUGUUUACUGGUUCCUUCUACGAGUGUAAAGAGUGUGAGAUCUACUUGGAUCUGGAUUGUGCGAUCCUGAAGAACAUCUUCACGGCUUGGGACGCCAAGGAAAAGCUCCAUUACAGCCAUCAUCACCUGCUUAAGAGCUGUAGACCAGGAAACAGAGCGAAAUUCGUCUCUUGUGUUCUCUGUGAGGUUCCCCUCUCUCCCUCUGCAAUAUGUUAUGGUUGUGUUUAUUGUGGCUUGUAUUUCCACGAGGCCUGCCUUCUCCUCCCGACAAAGAUUCAACAUCCUGUGCAUCCAGCACACCCUCUCAGACGCCUCAGUUUUGAAAAUGUACGUGGUGGUGGUAGAAAGUGUGAUGCGUGCAGAAUCCAGUUCGCAGAUGUCCCAUUUGGCUGUCUAGAAUGCAAUUUUGAUCUUCACUUGAGGUGUGCAGAUUCCUUGUUGCGAGGUCUGGUGCACAAAUCUCACGAGCACCGUUUGUUCUAUGUAGCUACUAAUGCUAGCAUAGAUUUUGGUAAAGUAAGUCCAUGUCAAAUAUGCAUGAGAACUGAUGUCAUCUCUCUCGACUCUUACUAUCGUUGUGCGGAAUGUGAUUUGAUGUUUCAUUUUGAGUGUCUUGAGAUACCUCAGUCUGUGGUCAAGAAAUCUUGUCACAUCCAUCCACUUGUAUGUGAAGUAUUCAUGGCCAAGGACGAUUGUAAAGUAUUCAUAGCCAACGACGAUUUGGUGGACUAUUGUGGGGUUUGUGAGACGAUAGUGAACAAAGGACAUCAUACUUAUUCUUGCAAAGAAUGUGAUUUUCUUGGCCACAUUGAGUGCAUUCUACGUGAGGAAGAGCCCUCACCCUUGUAUUUAAAAGAUUUGUAUUCUGUUGGUAAAGACGACACAAGACUAACAAAUCAAGAAGACCAUGAAACCAACAAUUUAAAAGACAAACUUGUGGUUAAUGAUUACAACCAUGCUCAUGUGAUGAGACCCGCCCACAUGAGUGAGCUUCAUGAACGCACAGUUUGCAACAUAUGCGAUAAGGAAAUUCUGGGUAGCCUAUGGAAAUGCGAGACUUGUAGCUUCCAGACACAUAUGUCUUGUGCAGAGCUAGGGAAACCAUCAAUACAUCGGUUUCAUCUGAACCACCCUUUGAGUCUCCUUCCGAAGAAUCCAGGAGUAGGUCAUAUGUAUUGUGCCAACUGCAGACAGAACAUAAGAGGGUUCAACCUUUACUGCCGGAUAUGUGAUUUUAUUAUUGACAUUAGUUGCGUUCUAAAGGGUUCAGAUUCUCCUACGGUGUUAGGGCAUAAAAUCACUGGAACCUCAACAGGACUUUGCAUGAACCUCAUGAGCAGCGUGCAUAGCAUGGUUCAAAUUAUCAUCUCAAGUUCAUGUCACAUUUCUUGUGUUAUUUGUGAUGAUAGGGUGUAUGGAAAAGCUUUGUCAUGUGUGGAGUGUCAAGAGAUAUACCAUCCUCUGUGUAUUAAACUUGGGAGAAAGAAGUUAUUCGGCCAUCCACUUCAUUACGACCACACGCUUGAAUUUCUGGAUUCAAGUGGAUCCACGUGCAAUGCCUGCAAACUGAAAGUUGCAAAGUACGGGUACAAUUGUCGUGAUUGCAAAGUCAAUUUCCAUUUGAAAUGCAUCAAAGCAACGACUGUAUCAGGAAAGCUGAGGGUUCACCGUCACCUUCUCUACAACUUUUGGAUCGAUAACUCGAGGGUCACUCCAGACUGCACUGUUUGCAAUAGACCAUGUGGUGCGUCGUUCUAUGGCUGUGUUGGUUGCAACUACAACGCCCAUGUGAAGUGUAUUGGGUUGCCUGACAAUGUGAAGAACAAACUGCACCAGCAUACCCUCAGGACCUCUUAUGACAGUAAGAAAUGUUGUUCUCUAUGUGGAUUAGAAUUUGGAUUUUCUAUGUUUUACACUUGCGUUCACUGCGAGGACACAUUUCACAAGGAAUGCAUAUUGGCCUUGGAUAAGUGUGAGCCAGCAACCGAAGAGGAACAACUCCAAGACAUCUAUCUUAUGUACCUUGAGAUUGAUCUCUAUUACCUACUCAAAGACGAUAAGGUUGUAUCCAAAGAAGAGGACUUGCCCACGGAAUCUCCUUGUUGCAUUUCUUGA